AAAUGAGGUCUGGGAAGACGUGAAUCCGGUCUCCGUUCAUUCUGGUAACUUAUAUGCAUUGCAUGCAGCUGAGCUCCCCUGGGUUGACCCUGCCUUCCCACCAGGUAUUCAAUCACUGAUUCAAGCUGACUUAGCAUUUCCACUACAUGUCUCAUCACUGGAACUGCACCUGGAACCCAUCUGGAAGUUGCACAUAGAAGUCUGACUAACAAUGGCACCCACACUGAAUGUGAAACAAGCCACUGGCAACCAAAGUUCCUGGAAUACUUUGCUACCAGAUUUCCCUAAGGGGCCUCUCUCCAAAUAUAGAAAGAAAGCUUCCUUCAACUGGAAAGAGAUGGCAAUGUUCCUCGAUGGUGAAGAUAUCAUCCGGCUUAAGAACAGAAUCUUCUCUGCUCUAGAAAGUGAUCCUUUCUUUGCACGUCAUCCUGGAGAAGAAUUGAGCCGUGAGAAGUAUCAGGAGCUGACAUUCCUGCGCUGUAAAAGACUCUUUGAAUAUGAUUUUCUUACUCAGCAAGAGAUCAUGGAGAACCCAUUGAAGAUACUGAAUUUGGUUAUCUGUAUAGGAAUGUAUGAUUGGUCUCCAUGUCUCCAAUUUUUCUUACAUUGUGGUGUAUUUGGAGGUACAAUUUUGAGUGCUUCAAAAAGGUUUGCCAACUUUGUGAAGAAAAUUUAUAACAUGGAGAUUUUUGGAUGUUUUGCUCUUACUGAACUCAGCCAUGGAACUAAUACAAAAGGCAUACGGACCACUGCCACAUUUGAUCAUAACACUCAGGAAUUUAUCAUCAAUUCUCCUGACUUUGAAGCUGCAAAGUUCUGGGUUGGUAAUAUGGGGAAACAUGCCACACAUGCAAUUGUGUAUGCCCAACUCUAUACUCCUGAUGGACAAUGCCAAGGAUUACAUUCCUUUAUUGUACAGAUUCGAGAUACGAAAACUCUCCUACCAAUGCCAGGUGUGAUGGUUGGUGACAUAGGAAAGAAAAUUGGGCAGAAUGGGUUGGAUAAUGGGUUUGCCAUGUUCCACAAUGUCAGGAUACCUAAAGAAAACAUACUGAAUAUAACUGGAGAUGUCUCACCUGAAGGAAAAUACUCAAGUUCUUUCACGGAUGUUAAGGAACGUUUUAGUGCAGCUCUUGGAUCCUUGUCCACUGGCAGAAUUCUGAUCACAGCAGUUUCUGCAACCAAUUUAAAGCUUGCCUUAUCGAUAGCCAUUCGCUUCUCAGCAACUCGCCGUCAGUUUGGACCGACUGAUGAAGAAGAAAUACCUGUUAUUGAAUAUCAAACACAGCAAUGGCGUCUUCUUCCAUAUCUGGCUGCUGCAUAUGCCUUAGAUUAUUUCUCCAAAUCACUGUUUGAGAACUUUGUGGAAUUUUAUGCAGGCUUGUUGACAAAGCAAAAGAGUCAGAGACAGGCUGAUUUGGGACGUGAGAUUCAUGCCUUAUCUGCUGCCAGCAAACCACUGUCUUCUUGGACUGCUCAGCAGGCAGCCCAGGAGUGUCGAGAAGCUUGUGGAGGACAUGGUUACCUUGCCAUGAAUCGUCUGGGUGAAAUCCGGAAUGAUAAUGAUCCAAACUGCACAUAUGAGGGAGAUAACAAUGUCCUGCUUCAGCAAACCAGCAACUACUUAAUGAGCUGGAUGAAUUGCAUUAGAAAUAAAGUGCCUUUUGAAUCUCCUCUUGGAACAAUAAACUUUCUUCAAGACUACCAUCAUAUCAUUGGCUGGAAAUUCAAAGCCAAUAGUGUUGACGAUUGCAUGGACUCCUCAGCUCCUUUAGCAGCAUAUAAAUGGCUGGUUUGCUACUUGCUCCGAGAAAGUGACCUAAAGCUGAGAAAGGAGAAGCAGUCUGGGCACAGUGAUUUUGAGGCAAAAAACAACUGUCAGGUGUAUUUCUGUCGAUCAUUAGCCAUUGCUUUUGUUGAACAAACAGUCUUACAAAGAUACCAUGACUACACUCAUGAUCCCAACAUACCAUCUACUCUGCAACCCGUGCUUAAAAAUCUCUGUGCUCUGUAUGGACUCUGGUCUUUAAGUAAACAUCUGGCUGUGCUCUAUCAAGGUGGCUAUGUUUCAGGUGAACAAGCUGGUAGAUUUAUUCAAAAUGCUAUUCUAGAGCUUUGUAGCAGGUUGAAAGAUGAUGCAGUUGCCCUUGUUGAUGUCUUUGCUCCUCCUGACUUCAUUCUCAACUCUCCUAUUGGUAAAGCUAGUGGGGAGUUAUAUAAAAAUAUGUGGGCUGAGAUCCUUCAAGGCAACAAAGCUCUGAGCAGACCUUCGUGGUGGGCAGAAUUUUGUAUUAAUAAACCUGUUACAGGAAGGCUGAGUUCAAGACUGUAAACCAAACAACUUGAAAGAAGCUGGAGGAUAGGCCAUAUUUCAGACAUCAGGAGGAAAUGAGUCUGUGUGUCAAACAUUGAAAGAGAUUUUCAUCAAGGAGUGCCAAGUUUUAAAGUAACUUUGAAAUAAAGUCCAACUUGUCUCAAGGACUCUUAACAUAAUAAUGACAGGAGAAGGAGCAACACAUCUGCAGACUGUUCAUAUUUACUCAAAUGCAAAGAAUGAAGAUUCAUAGUGAUUAUUUCUUUGAAAAGUUUCUAUAAGUAAAAUGUUCCAAUCAUUCUCUUGUCUUCACAGGCAUAUUACAGAAGUUAGAUAAUUAACAUUUCCACUAGGGUUAAUGAGCAAGCUGAACAAAAGUAUUUUUUUCAAGAUUCUAGGAUAAUAUUAUUAAAAUGAAAGGGAAUUGGAAGGAAAAAGGCAUCAAGAACACCAACAGUGAGAAACCUGUAGAAGGGGAUGGGAAUCAUUUCCCACAGCUGCUUUAAGUCCUUGAAGCACUUCUGAUUUACUUCAUAUGCUCUAUGUUAAACGAAUAAUUGUGUACAUACAAGUAAUUGAACGUGACUCAUGCAUACAUUUUAAAAUGUAAGAUAGUACAAACAAAAAAAUCUUGUUUAUGUUCUUUGCUGAUUGUAACAUUUUCACUACUGCAGAACUAAUGUCAAGCUUGGGCUACGGUGACAAACAGAAAUUGCACCUAUGUUUUGGGUCAGAAUAUACUCAGAUGGAUUGUAAUAAAUAUGGUGUUACAAGAACACAUGACAGUGAUAGGCAUUACUGAAUGUAUUGGGAUUUUUCUCUUUCAGCUAUGCGAAGUCUAAAAUAAUUUUAACUGUUAUACUUUUCUUCAGAAAUGGAACAGACUAACAAAAUUUUGAAAAUUUGAAUAU